AGUGGAAAAUAACAGGCAUGCAAAUGACAGAAUAAGGAGGGGGGACCGAUGUCUCGUCGGGGGACCGAUCAGUCUGCAGUAGAUGCGGGCCAGCUGGUCCCCCCUUUAAAUGGGGCGGGCCAACACGGGUCGGCGCAUGCGCAGUAGAGGGGGGAACAGGGGGGAACGUUCAGUCCGCCACACCUGUACUAAGGGUACUUGAGUUUUCGGUACCGGUACUACCGGUACUCAAAUUAACGGUACUUGCCCAUCCCUAUCAAACACUAUGUCCUGCAAUGUUCUGCUAUUAGUGCCUACCGCCCACAGGGCCACUGGGAGUCUGGGACCUGCCUGGGCUGGUUCAUUAACAAUAAUGUUCUUUCAGCUGUGCUUCGAGCCCCGAUGGCUGGGGAGAAAUUUCUAGCCGCCUGUGACAUCAAGAUCCAGAUCAAGAUCAUAAAGUCCGAACGUGAAAAUCAAUCGAUCAACACGUCUGGUGCCGAGGCCUGGACGCCGCCUAUCAUGGGCCCAUUUGGGGGGUCCGAGGCCAUAAAUGGCGUGCUUCUUUGCCUUUGAUAACCUGGAAACCCUCAGAACACGGAGGAGAGCGCCAGAACGUACUGACGUAAGAUGGAGACAGCAGACAUGAAUAAGGGAGCAAGACAGAAACUUUAAGAAGAAAGGAGAGAGAGAAGAAUGACGUAUGGAAGGAUGAAGGCUAUGCAGUGGACAGAGGAAACAGCUCGUCUGACCACAUGGAGCUACAGAACAUCAGGAAGGGGUGUUAGCAAUGCUGGAAGGAGCACAACACUAAGAGACAGCAUAGGACUCAUUGUGAGCUGACUGCCACCUCUUUUGCUAGUUCUGAAAUGAAGGUCUGAGGCUGGUUUGUGUUCAGCACUCACUCUGUGCCCCCUGCCUCUGACUUAAGGACUCUUUGGUGCAUUGCUCAUCUUGGUUCCCUGAGGCUCUUGAAAGACCAACCAACUUCUCCCAUCAGAAACAGUGUUGCAGUGGAGGCUGUAAGUCGAGCUGCAGCCUAAGUGGCCAGGACCAGUAGGACCAGACUGCAAUUGGUGUGACGAUCAGAGGUGAUUGGAAAAAGAAUCACCUUGCUGCUGGCAGCUCCAGCCAUAAAGGAAGAAAAAGGUUGAGAGUUAGGAGUAUAAGAUUUGAGACAAGUUCACUAGACACACUCAUGCACACACUAGUGAAAGAAAUUAUGAGUGCCGAGAGUGUUGGGAAAGAUUCUUUGACAGCGUUAACUUCAACAAACACACACACACACACUGGUGAAAGAAAUUUUGAAUGCCAUGAAUGUGGUAAAAGGUUCAGAACAAAGAUUCUCCUCAACAAACAUACCCGUACACACACUGCUGAAAAAAAUCAUGAAUGUCAAUUUUGUGGAAAGAGAUUCUCUCUGAAGAGUAUCCUCAACACACACACCCUUACACAUACUGGCGAAAAAAAUCAUGAAUGUGACAUAUGUGGAAAACGGUUCAGUACAAAGGGUCACCUCAAGAGACACACCCUUAUACACACUGGUGAAAAAAAUUAUGAAUGUCAUGUUUGUGGAAACAGAUUCACUGCAAAGAGCACCCUCAACACACACAUCCUUAUACACACUAUUGAAAAGCAUCAUGAAUGUCAAUUUUGUGGAAAGAAAUUCACCCUAAAGAGGUCCCUCAAUAUACACAUUCUUUCACACACUGGUGAAAAAAAUCAUGAAUGUCAGGUUUGUGGAAAGAGAUUCUACCGUAAGAGUAACCUCAGCACACACACUCUUACACAUGAUGGUGAUAGAAAGUAUGAAUGUCAAGAAUGUGGAAAGAGAUUUACCCUGAAGAGUGGCUUGAACAGACACAUCCUUACACACACUGAUGAAAGAAAUCAUGAAUGUGAAGUUUGUGGAAAGAGAUUCACCCAGAAGAGUAUCCUCAAAACACACAUCCUCACACACACUGAUGAAAAAAAUCAUUGGUGCCAAGAGUGUGGCAAAAGCUUUCGUUUGAAGAGUGAUUUGAACAAGCACAUCUUCAGACACACUGGCCUGAGAGAGUUUAAAUGUGAUGUUUGUGGGAAAAAUUUUAAGACAAAGCCGGAUAUUGCCACCCACAUGAAGACCCACUUCUGAGGUGCUGUGUUGUGCUGUAAUGCUGCUGUUCUUGGGAGAACAAUGGAACCCAAGCCUUGAAGCUUCCAUCAAGAUGAUGUCAUGUACCAUCCCUCCAAAUAAACUCUGCUUAAAAUGCAACUUCCUGACCUAACUUCCAAGA